GUCAGCUAUGAGGGAAGAGGGUGCGGACUGGAACCUUCACUGCAGUGCCUCUGUUCUACAAGGGGAAACAUCGACUUCACCCUCGGCGAGGGCGCGGUGCAAUGUGUCGUGGCGGAGAGGGAGUUUGGCGCGUGCUCUGGAAACGAUGAGAUCACAGAAAAAAAAGAAAGCGACGUCAAUGCCGCCUACUUCAUCUGCAUCGACCAGAUUGGUGCCAUUGUGCCCACUCACAAGGUCAUCACGGCCUCGAUGCUCCUACCGAGCUCCAGCGGCGCGGCCAUCAGCUUCCCUGCCCUGACGACGACGACGACCACCACCGCGAGCAGCACGGAGUCUACAUCUACGACGGCGAGCUCGCACCCAUCCACGGCUGCCGACACAGCCACGCAGCUGACGUCGACCGCCGAGAUCACCAGGCCCUCUUCGACCACGAGACGGCCAACGUCGACGACGGCGACGUCAGCAACAACAACCGGCGACGGGGCCGAGACCCCAUCGGCAACACCGGCGGGAAAGGGCGAUGACGAUGACGAUGAAGAGGAAGAACCCACACUGGCAACGGGCCAAGUGGUGGGAAUAUCCGUGGGAGUCGUGUCAGCUAUAGGAAUAGCUAUCCUGGCCAUCGUACUGGCCCGGUGGUGCCGUCGUCGUCGUAACUUUGACAGGAAAAGCCUGAGAGCGUCGUCCAUGCCGGGCGGGUGGAGACCCUGGAGAGGAGGAAACAGCAGCAGCGGCAGCAACAACAACAACAAUGACUCGCCUCAUCUCACCGAGAACGGCGGUGCAGGGCGAUUUGCCCAGCUUGCAGACGAGCCGGCGCCCUACUCCUCACUCUUCCCUCGUCCUCCGCCUCCUGCUGCCGCCGCCGCCGCCGCCGCCGCCGCCGCCGCCCCGAGAAAGAGCUAUCACCGUUCCAGCUGGAAACCCGAGUCGAUAGGUCUGGCACUGUCCCCUGCAAUAUGGAGGAGGCAACAACAGAAACAGCCGGCACCAGCGUCGUCGGCGAGACCCAUGUCGAAGCUCCUCCCUGCGAAGCCAGUCCUACUGCCCAUAUACGCGGCAAACGCGACACUCAGACAGGAUGAGGAGGAACAGAAGCGGCAGCAGCAGCCAUCAUCACCAGCGCACUCUCGGGGCUCCCCUAAGCCCCUCAAACCAAUGGGAUUGACCAUUGCCAAUCCCGGGGGCAGCAUAUCCCUGGAUAAGCCACAACCUCCUUUACCCCUGAGAAUCGAGAUACCUCAGAACAACGGCGGCAGCAGCAGCAGCCGUCAACAGGCACCGCCGGAGGCAGAGAAGAGGGGGGGGUUGAAGGGACCAGGCAGCCUGAAAGCAAGACGGCAGGCAGCAAGGGAGAGUUCCAUGACCGAGUUCGAAGAAGACGACGGCUCCCUACCCAUAUCCCCGGGCCGCGUGUGGAGACCGCCCUCGACGGCACCCAGCUCAGCGGCCCCGUACUACAUCUCCGACGGUCGGGGCAACUGGGUUCUCAGCGAGCGGGCGACGAACCUCUUCCCCCUCCCCCCAGCCAGCAGCAGCAGCAGCACGUAUAAGCCGACAAGCAAGACAGACUCGUACCUGAGACCGCCGACAACUAGACCCCCUUCUUCCUCUGAUCUGCUGUUGCGCGCACAACAACAACAGCAACGACAACAACAGCAGCAGCGGCAGUCAUCGCGACCACUAACGCAAAACUCCGGCCCCGCCCCGUCGAGCGUCUACUCCCAGCGCUCCUCGAUACCAGCCCGCUUCUUCCAGAUGAAUGGCCGAUCAGCAGCUGCGCCACGACCAUCCUUUUCCCGAUCAGCAGACGGGGGCUCCUCCCCUCGCAGCAGCGGCAUCACCCUCUUCGACAACUCCGACCCCACACCCGACACCACCACCACCCCUCCGCCACCAACGAGCCCCGCCGCAGCAUCGAGGAGCCUGUCCCUCGUGAUGGAAUCCCCGCCGCGUACACGCCCACUUGCGGCCCCGCAGCAGCGAAGGCAACAGUCGCGACCUGGGCAGCCGCAGCCACCGCCGCCGCCGCCGCCACCGCCGUGGUCUUCCGGGCGUUCCGUAUCAACUCCGUACCAGCCUCCCGGGCAACCUAGUCCCACUCUUGGACUUGCCGUGCAGCAACAGCAGCAGCAGCAGCAGCAGCAGCAGCAGCAGCAGCAGCAACAGCAACAGCAGGGACAGCAAUACUACAUCAACGACAAUUCACGCCCGAAAAUGGGACUGAUCGAACCGUCCCCCGGACCAGAUGACAGACAGCUACUCCCCUCCGCAAGGGCCAGCCGCGCAUCUACCUCCCUCCGCCACAGCCGGGCCCCACCGCCCCCUCCACCGGACCCAUACCUCUACGACCCGUACACCUCUUCCGAGGGACGGUACCCAGACCCGCCACCGCGCCACCCCGACGACGGACGCUCCGACAUAUCAGCCACGUCCUCGACGACGUCGUCCGCCCUGCUAGCAAAGCGGUUGGGAUCGGACAGGGCGGCACAGAUGACCUUGCCGUCGGCGGGCAAUAAUAACGGUUUCGCGCCGAAUAAUUCGUCAUCAUCAUCAUCUCCUUCAACAGCAGCAGCAGCAGCAGCAGCAGCAGCAGAGGCAGGAUCGAAGUGGCAGAGACAGAAGCAUGAUGGACUACCGUAUAUGUCUCCGAGGCAGCAGCAGUCCAUCAUGUGGAUGCCCAGACUUACGCCUACGAGGAAGGGAACUGACUUGUACUUGAAUGUUCAAUAA